CCUGACACGGCACACUAUCAUCAAACUUCCAAGUUCAACACAGACACUGAUAAAAAGAAGACGAAGAAUUCCAUUCAUUUCUCUUUCCAAUCUCUACAUUAUGUAUAAGAUUCAGUCACCAUCACUCACAAUCUAAAUUAUCAUAAAUUCAUCUCCAUAAUCUGGUUUGGGGAUUUUUGCGGGUGUUAUGAUGGAUCAAUCGACGAGCAGAGAUGGGAGGUUUAUGAUUGGGAACUAUGUGGUUGAGAAGCAAAUCGGGGCAGGGUCUUUUUCGACGGUGUGGCUAGCGCGCCACCGUAUCGACCGCACAGAAGUGGCGAUCAAGGAGAUUGUUACCGCUCGGCUCAACACGAAACUCAAAGAGAGCCUCAAAUCCGAAAUCAUCAUUCUAAAGAGGAUUAGUCAUCCUAAUAUUAUUCACUUGCACGACAUGAUCGAGGAGCUAGGAAAAAUAUAUAUUGUUUUAGAGUACUGCAGAGGAGGUGAUCUUUCAAUGUACAUACAACGGCGCCAAGGGAGAAUCGCAGAAGCAACUGCCAAACAUUUCAUGCAACAGCUAGCAUCAGGUCUAAAAGUCCUUCGCGAAAACAAUCUAAUCCAUAGGGACCUAAAGCCUCAGAACCUUCUAUUGUCUGCAACUGAUGACAACUCCACCUUGAAGAUUGCUGAUUUUGGGUUUGCAAGGUCUUUGCAGCCUAGGGUGCUUGCAGAAACUCUAUGUGGGUCGCCAUUGUACAUGGCUCCUGAAAUAAUGCAACUUCAAAAAUAUGAUGCAAAGGCAGAUCUCUGGAGUGUUGGUGCUAUUCUGUUCCAGCUAGUAACUGGCAAAACCCCAUUUACUGGAAAUAAUCAAAUACAGUUGCUCCAAAACAUAGUGAAGUCCACUAAAUUGCAGUUUCCUCUAGAUGCCAAGAAUCUAAGCGCUCAUUGCAUAGAUUUGUGUCAAAAAUUAUUGCGACGUAAUCCAGUGGAGCGGUUGACGUUUGAAGAGUUCUUUAACCACCCAUUUCUUGCACAGAAGCAGCGUGAUGAGUUAUCUUGGAAUCAGAGACCUCAAAGGGUAAUAGAUGGGUUUGCUCUGACAGAACACAAGCCUAUAAGAUGCACCGAGGAAACUUUUCAAGAAGAUGGCGUACCAUUUAGUCUAAAUAAUGAUUCCAGCGGUCCUGAUGAUGGUCCGUAUUUUGCUGGGAUAUCAGUGAGAUCUUCCUGUGGAUUUUCUCAUGAUGCAAAAGAUUAUAGGAAAGAAGUUACAAGUACGUCAAACAAAAGCGAUCCUCCUUUGAAUUGUAGCAACAUCACACAUAAAUCAAAUGUUAUUGGUUCUAGUCCUGGCCAACACCGACAUUCAGAAAGCAAGCUGAAGGAAUCUAGUUCCAUGGACCAUAGACUAUGUCCAAGAGUGGCGGAUUCAUUCGAAUUGAUUGAGCGGGAAUAUGUCCUUGUAUCUGGGUCCCUCAUGGACUCAUCUUCUUCAGCAGGUGGUUCUAGGCUUAGCAAUACACCAUUUAGAUCAAGUUGUUCCCUGCAAGCCUCUGGGAACAUAGACUCUAGACUAAGUGAGCCAAUGCUUGUUGUUGGUCCUGCAACUAACAGCAUAGGUCCUGUAUUAAGGUUGGAAAGUCCCUCUUCUGCUCCAGGAGCUUCACAAGGAUCCACAGAUAUUAUAGACCCUCUGGAGAAGCCACCUGAUGGCAUAGCCAGAAUUGAGUCGCUGCAACAUUCUGCUUCUGCUAUCAUGGAGUUGGUAAAUGAGAAGAUUGCCGCAGGCAGGCAUCUGGAAGCAUUUUCAAUUGAGCUUGUCAUGCUUGCAAUAUGGAAGCAAGCCUUGCAUGUUUGUCAUACACAUGCGGCAUCAGCAAUUGAAGGAAGUCCAAACCCAGAAACUACCAAGUUGAUGGAGAUUUUAAGGGACAGUCGAGUUAGUCCCAACAUUAAAGAGGACACUUAUAACACUUUGGGGCCAGAGAAUGUGUUAUCUCAUAUUCAAACAGCAUUUCUGACUGAAGUUGGGAAGGCAGAGGAACUUGCCAAACAUAUAGAGCGUGGAAAUGCGGAGGUACCAGAUGCUAUGGAGAUGAUAUUUCAAUCUGCACUAGACCUCGGCAGAAAGGGAGCUGUUGACGAGUACAUGGGUCGGACUGAAAAUGCAGUUGUGUUUUAUUCAAAAGCAGUGUGCUUGUUAGCAUUCCUUCAAGUGGAAGCACCAUCACUUAUUCUAAAUCCUCCAUUCUCACUGACAAACUCCGAUCGCUAUAGGCUUAGGAGUUACAUUGAUGUUCUCAAUAAUAGGCAAAGUGUUUCAAGGUCUCAAAUCACGACUCUGCUCAGGUGUGAGGAUCAGCACAGAUCGCCGUGAAGGCAAUAGACCAAGUGAAGAGAAAACUGUUAUAUAAUGAGGAUUUAACAUAUCACAACUUAUUAUGUAUAGUUCGUUAUCUGUACAGUUAUUCUUUCACUAAUUUUAAAGAAAGUGAAAAGUCCUUUUAUAUGGUUUGAAAGCUAUUACUGUAAUUUGAAUUUGAAUUUAUAUGGUUUACAGUAUAUUGCUUUGCCCCAUGA